AUGCAAGAACAGUACAAGCCUGAUGAUGAACAUGUUGAAGUAACAGGCCACAAAUCUCAAAAGAAAAUCAAUCCAAAAGAUAAAAAAAAUUAUUUACCUCCAGCAUUCCCUGAAAAAAAUUUAGAAGAAGAGUUAUUAAAGAGGAAGCGCACGGAUCUAAAUGAUAUUUUUGACGAAUUUUCCGUUGUACCGGAAAAUCCAGAAAUUCAAUCCAAUUCACAGAGUUCAAUCAAAUUAUAUGACUUGUCUACACAUACAAAGCUCAUUUCCAUCUCACCAUUUCGAUUAAUUGCCGGGAAAAAAGAAGAUGUAUAUUUCGAGUUACGUCCUGUAUCAUUUAAAGUUGGGUAUGGAAAGUUUGGUGAACGAAUUGUAAAUUGUUCAUUGAAUUCAGAAUCAAAAAUGACGUGUCCUUCACCUCAUUUGAAACCAGGCGAAAUUAAAGUUUCAUUUUCAAGGGAUAGGAGAACAUGGACAAAUACAGUCCCUGCGUUUGUUUAUCGAACGAAUUAUGCAUUUCAGAUGAUAUUAUCGAUUUCUAUUUACGCAUUUGGCAUAGGAGGCCUAAUUUUGGCUUUCCUUGUUUUAACAGGUCGAUUCCAACUUAAUUUAUCGAAUAAGAAACCAGCUGCAUUAUUGAAUAAUCCAGCAAGCUUCAAUGUUGUUUAA